UGUUGGGAAGUGCAGUGGUACAAGCACCUUACCCCUAGACAGAGAUAUAAGUGGUAGGUGCCAGUUACAGUUUAUGCUAAGUUGAAUAACCAGGAAGUGUUGUAGUGCCAGCUUUUGCCUGCAAGUGACUGUUUCCUUACUGCUAGCCUCCGCAGAAGUAUUGUCCAUUUUUAUCUACACACACAUCACUCACAGGCAUAAAUAGACUGUACGGAUCUGUUGAAUUCCUGAAGUGAGGCAAGUGUUGUUGCAGCUGUCACUCAUGUGUAAAUGCAUAUAUGCACUGAAGGAAUGGUUCACACUUGGCAACAGAUGUCUUCAAUUCCAAAAACCUGGCUGUACAAGCCCAGAAGAAGAUUCUCGGCAAGAUGGCUUCAUCGAAAUACAUAGCAACAUCCCUGAUUGAUGAUACAAGUGGUGAAGUUCUAGAUGAACUCUACCAAGUGACUAGGGAGUACACCCAGAGUAAAAAGGAAUCCGAGAAAGUCAUAAAGAACCUCAUCAAGACAGUGAUCAAGCUGGCAGUCCUGUACAGAAACAACCAGUUUAACGAGGAAGAGAUUGGGCUCAUGGAGAAGUUUAAGAGAAAGGUCCAUCAGCUGGCCAUGACUGUGGUCAGCUUCUAUCAGGUGGAAUAUACCUUUGACCGAAACGUGCUUUCCAAAUUGUUAAACGAGUGCCGGGAGCUGCUCCACCAGGUCAUACAGCGCCAUCUCACGGCAAAGUCUCACGGACGUGUUAAUCACGUGUUUGACCACUUCUCAAAUUGUGAAUUUUUGGCUACUCUGUACAAUCCCUUUGGAUCUUACAAACAACACCUUCAGAGACUCUGUGAAGGAGUCAAUAAAAUGCUGGAUGAAGACAAUAUUUAAACAUUUUACUAACGUUCAGAGGCAACGGUGUUACUGAACCAGCAGCGACUGGGAGUUACGAAGGGCCGAAGGGCCACUCAGAAAAGAGGAUUUUGUUUGCUGAUGCGUAAAACGUGUACCAGAUUGACCCCGUGUAGGUUGCUAUUUUCAGGCCUUUAAAGAAGUGGUGUAUCGGUUUACGGUUAUAAUAAAGCAGAUACAUCCAGUUAAUGUUGUGUAUCCAGUGGCUUAUACAUGAAACAAAGCAAACUUUUAGAACUCGAUUCCCAAGGCAAAUGCACAGAAAUGUAACAUUUCCCAGAGAUUCUAAAUGAAUGAGUUUAUUUAUGGUCUUAUAAAAGGUACCUUGAUUGGAUCCUGUUCCCCUUAUGUUUAUAAAAUGUGCAUUCUGAUACCUUUUGCAUUUAUACGAUCCUAAUAUGGAAAUGAAUAAAAGGCAGCUUUCUUUGCUUCUUCUAAAAGCUUUUGGUUCUCUGGACAAUUAUAUACAGCUAUGCGCUGUACUAGACAUGCAGGGUUUUUUACAGUAAUUCUGUUUUCUGCAAGUGCCACUGGCUAUAAAAAAAAAUAUAUGUUUGAAACACAAACACAAGUAGCAGAAGCCUUGAAAGAGAAUUUUGUCUAAAAAAAUAUAUCCAUGAAAGCUGCAUGCAGAAUGUUGUACAGUAGCAGUUAGUUUGCUUAAAUCAGUUUACUGCUUCACUUUGUUUCCAAAAGUCAAAUAACUUUUACUGUAAAUAAAUAGGAUUGCCUUUAGUUGAGGUGGGUGACAGUGCUAAUCAGACUUUGUGUAUUAUUUAUAUAAAGUUUUUUUUUUUGUCUGA